GAAACACCAAGAGAAAACAAAAGACAAGAAAAUUGUGCAUGUGGUGCUGUCUAUAUAUAUAUGUUGGGGUAUGAAGCCAAACUGGCCUGGGAGAAAAGCUGAUUGCCAAUAAAAAUAAUGGCGACUUACUGCCGACAAUGGCUGCUGCUUCUUCUUCUUCUCUUACCUCUCAUGGUGUCAUCAGCAGCUCGUUUCAGAACACCUCUUCUAACUCACAAUUUGGAGGACUCUUCUCCCUCGCCGUUUCCGCCCAACUUUUUCUUCGGCACUUCUUCCUCUUCUUACCAGUAUGAAGGAGGUUAUUUAAGUGAUGGUAAAGGUCUAAGCAACUGGGAUGUUUUCACCCAUCAACCAGGAAAUAUCUUGGAUGGAAGCAAUGGAGAUGUUGCGGCUGAUCAAUACGACUUGUAUAAGGAAGAUGCAGAUCUAUUGGCGUCUCUGGGAGUCAAUAGCCACAAGUUCUCAAUAUCAUGGUCUCGGGUUCUGCCAAAAGGAAGACAUGGAAACAUUAACUUGGAGGGGAUCAAAUACUAUAGAAAUCUCAUUGAUUCUCUCCUGCUCAAAGGAAUCGAGCCAUUUGUGACUAUAAAUCAUUAUGAUCUCCCUCAAGAACUCCAGGACCGAUUUCAAGGUUGGCUCAGCCCUGAAAUGCAGGAAGAAUAUGCAUACUUAGCAGAUGUGUGCUUCAAUCAUCUUGGUGAUAAAGUGAAGUACUGGAUUACCUUCAAUGAGCCCAACAUGUGGGCCAUUGCUGCCUAUAGGUAUCGGUUGUGGCCCCAUGGCAACUGCAGUGAAGGAAAUGCAACAAAGGAUAUAUUCAUUGUAGCCCACAACAUGAUUCUAGCUCAUGCUGCCGCUGUCAAUAUUUACAGAAAAAAUUACCAGCAACAACAAGGAGGUGAAAUAGGAAUUGCAAUGCUUUUUACCUGGUUUCUACCCAUGACUAACUCCACUGUAGACAAAGCAGCAGCUGAGAGAGCUCAUUCCUUCUUGUCAAACUGGUUCUUGGACCCAAUCAUGUAUGGAUCAUAUCCCAAAGAAAUGAAAGAUAUUUUGGGGUCACAUUUACCAGAGUUUUCAAGUACUGACCUGGAAAAGCUGAAAGCUGGAGGGUCGGAUUUUAUUGGAAUCAACCAUUACACAACCUAUUAUGCCCAAGAUUGCUUGUAUUCUACAUGUGACCCUUCUAUGGCAGGAAACACCAGAGAAGAAGGUUUUGUUGGCCAAAGUCUAUCCAAGAACGGCAAACUUAUUGGGGAACUGGCAGGGUUGGGAUAUAUAGCUGUUUAUCCACCUGGAAUGGAGAAAAUGGUAACUUAUCUGAAAGAAAAAUUUUCAAACAUACCACUUUAUGUAACAGAAAAUGGUUAUUGUGACACAACCACCCCAAACUCUAACAUUGAAGAAGUAUUGAAUGAUACAAAACGAGUCAAAUUCUUUGCUGAUUAUCUAAAUGCCCUUGCAACUGCCAUCAGGAAAGGAGCAGAUGUUAGAGGCUAUUUUAUUUGGUCUUUGUUCGAUAACUUUGAGUGGACAUUUGGAUACACAAAGAGAUUGGGACUUUACCAAUUUGAUCGUGUCACGUUAAAGAGGACUCCAAAAUUAUCUGCAAAAUGGUACAAACAAUUCAUUGCAAAGAAUCGAAAAGUUGAGAGUAAAAUGCAAUUGGGAAAUAUGAUUCUUCAUCAGAAUCAAUGAAAUAUAUAGUUCAUGUGUAAAACUCUACAAGUCCACAUAUCGAACUGUGUAGUAAUAAAUAAUUGAGUAGAGUAUCAAUGCCAUAAGGGCAAAUUUAUUGCUAAUUAUUAAAAUUGUAAUGUUUUAUAUUUUAUUUAGCAAAUGAAAAUUCAAGACUAGUUUGAAA